UCUUUCUUUCAUUCUUUCUUUAAAAAAAAAAAAAGAGAAAGAAAGAAAGAAAAAAGAAAAGAAACACAAUGGUGGCCACGGAUGCUGGUUGCCAUGGUUACUCAGUAAUGGAGGAAUGGAGGUACAGUUGUCUGUUUGCUUGCUGCCAAAAGGAUUAGACAGUAUACGCUUUUGUUGCUUAAGUGAUCUUGUGGCCGUCGUUUGCUUCCGCUGUAUAGAUAUUGUGGAAAUGCGCCAGGUGACGGGUAAAACCGGGUCUUGAUGCCACGCGUUUCAUCCUAAACAAUCAGAGACGCUCCGGGCCCAUGGAGCGGACAAUCCCAUAAGCAGUCGGUUGUGUGUCGAGUGGCGCCAUGGGUAGCUUGGGCGAAGGCGUGGAUGCCAGCAUGGUUAGCGAGGCCCUCCUGGAGGCCCUGUGUCCAGAGUGUGGGCAGAUCCAUCGCUCCUGGGAGAACCACCUGUACAAUUACAGGCUGGAGGUGGACGAUGACCUGGUGUGUCACAUCUGCCUGCAACCGCUGGUGCAGCCCUUGGACACGCCUUGUGGACACACGUUCUGUGCACGCUGCCUGCGCAGCUUCCUGCAGGAGCGCGACUUCUGCCCACUGGAUCGUGCCCGGCUGCAGCUGCAGGGCUGCCGUCGCUCCAGCAUCCUGGUGCACAAGCUGCUGGAUAAACUGUCCAUCACGUGCCCGCUUAUGCCGGUCUGCUCCCUCAGCAUGCCACGCUGUGACCUGGAGGCUCAUCUCAAACACAGGUGUCCUGGGACACAGGGUCAGAGAGCAGUCCUCGAAGGCACCCAGGUUAAAGGAUGUGAGGAGAAAACCCUGGUGAAUGACGCCUCGAAAUCGCCACAGACCGAGCUGAGGGAGAGCAUAUCGCCGCCCCCUGCUGGCUCCAACGCUUGCAGCAAUGUCAGCACCUUGUGGCCUGAGGAGCGAGGUGUUGACAACCCGGCCUUCGAGGAGAGCACAGAGGAGGACAGUGUUCAAGGUUUGGAGCGCAUCCCCCCUCGUGUAAAGCGUCCCCUCAGUAACCCCUGCAUCCACCUUCUCCGAACCGGCAGCUCUGCGUCGUCAGGGUGGGAUUUUGUUGAAUCUCUGCCCUUAUCAGCGGAAGAGGGUUGUGUAAAGCUGCCGUCUUUGCCUGAAGGCGAGAUUACCACCAUUGAGAUUCAUCGCUCAAACCCUUACGUUGAGCUGGGUAUAAGCAUAGUGGGGGGCAACGAGACGCCUCUUAUAAACAUCGUAAUCCAGGAAGUGUACCGCGACGGUGUCAUUGCUCGAGAUGGGAGGCUGCUGGCUGGUGACCAAAUACUACAAGUGAACAACGUAGACAUCAGCAACACGUCGCAUAAUUUCGCUCGCUCCACACUGGCUCGCCCGUGUGCCACCCUACAGCUGACCGUGCUCAGAGAGCGCCGUUGCAGUGUCCGGCCGCCGCCCGUACCCGCUGUCCCUGCCCCCGCAGUGCCAGAGGGCAGCCCGUGCAGCAUGCGCAUCACCCUAAACAAACGGGACUCGACCGAACAGCUGGGCAUAAAGCUGGUGCGGCGCACAGACGAACCUGGCGUGUUUGUGCUGGAACUGCUGGAGGGGGGGUUGGCCGCCAAGGACGGACGCUUGCACAGUAACGAUAGAGUGUUGGCAGUGAACGAGCACGACCUGAGGCACGGCACACCUGAGCAGGCCGCACAGAUCAUACAGGCCAGUGGAGAGAGAGUGAAUUUGCUGAUCAGCAGGCCUGGCAAGCAGACCAUGGCUGUACACACAGGCUCGAGUUCAGCCCGCGAUAGCUGGUGCCACGAACACUUCCUGCCUUCGGUGCACCACACGGCUGUGCCAAAUCCCACACCCAACCUGCAGCUCAGUCGCUCUUCCACAUACAGGGACCUCUCUCAGUGUGUCACCUGCAAGGAAAAACACAUCACUGUGAAGAAGGAGCCACACGAGUCCCUGGGAAUGACCGUGGCUGGUGGGCGGGGCAGUAAGAGUGGCGAGCUGCCCAUCUUUGUCACCAGCGUCCAACCGCGUGGCUGCCUGUCCCGGGACGGUCGAAUCAAACAGGGAGACGUGCUGCUGAGCAUCAACGGUCAGGACCUGACAUCCCUGAGCCACAGUGAUGCAGUGGGCACGCUGAAAUCCAGUGCCGCCUCUUGUUCUGUGCAGCUACGAGCGCUCGAGGUGAGCAUGGUGGACGAGCCGGGACAGGACGAGGGCCUUCUGCCUCACCAUGAGAGCGACUGCGACGCCAGCUGGUCACCGUCCUGGGUCAUGUGGCUCGGCUUGCCCAGCUACCUGAACAGUAGCCAUGAGAUUGUCCUGCGCCGGAAUCACCCUGGCAGCUGGGGCUUCAGCAUUGUCGGAGGUUACGAGGACAACCACACCAAUCAGGCAUUUUUCAUCAAGACCAUUGUAUUAGGAACGCCUGCCUAUUACGACGGCCGCCUGAAUUCUGACCCGUCGAGCAUUAACGGCAUUAACUUCUUCAGCAGUUUGAGCUACAGGAGCUCGUCUGUUGGAUCGGACCACACGGACCAGCCUUCGCUUCCAAAGAGCAUCAAUGAGUCUCAGCGGCUCAUGACCCUGUCGCCGGUUCACCACUGUUCCUUCCUUGGACCACUUUUGAUAGAUACUGAACACUGCAGGCUGAAAACAGCCCACAACGCUUGCCCAUUUUUCCUGCUUCCAACACAACAAUUUUGAGGACAACAUGUUUGCUUAGCUGUUUUUUCACUCAUAAUGUUAUAAUGUUAUGCCUGAUCGUGUAUUAAAACAAUUGCGAUUUGGUUUUUGGGUUCGAUCAGGUACACUAAUCAAAUGACCUAGAAACAUCUUUACUACACAUACAAAAUUAAAUCAAUUAAUUACUAGUGAAAAUCUGGCUGGAUUAGCACACUGGGUCUGGGUGUUGAUUUGCAUUAGUAGGUUGGAAGAAGCUGCUACAUAAGAACACAAGCUGAGCUUGUAUUUUGCCCUGAUGUAAUGUUUUUUUUCUUUUUAAAAAUCUUAAAUCCUGGCUUACUUUAAAAAAUUAUACAUUCUUAUGAGAAUGCUAGACACCAGACCAGUAUGAACGAAUGCACAGCGAGAGCAUUUCUUGCAUUCUCGCAUCCAUGUUGAAUAAAAUUUGCAUUAUUUGAAAUACAUUUGAGUGAAUAAUUUUCUGAUCACAUCCUAAUAUUGCUGUCCCUGU